UUUCCUAGUAACUAUCAUCAUUCAACACAUACGAAGUGCUUAAAAUAUCCUUAAACGCAAUCCGAGCACACCAUAAGUAUGUUUGGUAGGUCAAUUUCCUCAGUAUGCCGCGCACUGAUCUCAGGCGCAAGCCCAGUGCUGCAGCACCAACGCCGCUUCAUCGUCGUCUUCAGCCAGCAACACCAUAUUCUUGAAAGCAACCAGAAGGCGCGCGGAAGCCCCAGCAAUGUGUGGGUCGAGGAUUGGGAAGCGGAGCGGAUGGGACUCAAGCCGGAGGAUGGUGCGAUGCCGACCCAGCUCCUUAUCGAUAAGCAGCUUGAGCUUUAUAACUUUGACCAGCUCAUCUCGCGAAUUGAGGUAAUGGAGGCUCCAAAACACAGUAGCUACUACAGUCGAAAGAUGUAUGGCGAUAGGCUUCAAUUUGAGCUUAACGACCGCGCGCAAAAGUACAACUUCCAGAGCAAGUGGUGGAUCACGCGCUCUCAGGCCUACAAGGAGAACUUGCAGUUCAAGAACAACGCCCGGGCGAGUAUCAUCCUGACAAAAGGACAGGUUAAGUUAUUCCACACCAGCCAACUGGUCGGCGGAGAGGCCCUGCAGACCCACCCAGUCAGCGGUAGCAGCCGGAAACUAUACAAGAAGCGCGGUGAGUCCUACAACGUGCUUCGUGAUCACAUCAAAAGUAAUGAGUUUAACAGCGGACUCUACUUUACCCGCCGCCAACUGGAUUUCUUCAAACUUGCGGUUCAGCCCAACCAGGUCCCUGUUACGCAGGACGUCGCCUCCGGUGAGCGUUACCUUAUCUACAACGUGGACCAGCUCGAGGAUCCGAACGUUGCACUGAAGACCUUGCAGCGGUCUCCGGUGAGCGUGCCGACUUUCUUGCUAUCAGGGGAGCCGAUCCAGCACGAGAACACGAAGAAAUUACCCAAAACGUUUAGGAGUAAUUACUGGCUGACGGGGCGCGACGCGGAGCUGUAUCAGUGGCCCAUCAAGGAGUCCGAGAAGCGGAAGGGGGUGCCCUUCAACACCGGCAGCGCGGCCUCGCUCCAGAUCGAGCUCUACAACGUUGAGCAGCUCGCCAACCCGGAGGAGGCCUUCGCCAAGGCGGGGCUAUUCGUCCAGUAG